UCCGUUUCCGGUUCCGGGAAUCCGUCGGUCGGUGGGGAAGCUUUUGUGGUGUAGGCGAGCCUCGGGGAGCCGUUUCUGUUGUCGGCGAGGGGAGCUGGUCUCCCGAGGUCCGUUGCUGCAGACAUGGCGGCGUCCACCGCGGCUGGGAAGCAGCGAAUUCCUAAAGUGGCCAAGGUCAAAAACAAAGCUCCCGCCGAAGUACAAAUAACUGCUGAGCAACUCUUGAGAGAAGCGAAAGAAAGAGAACUUGAGCUGCUUCCACCUCCACCUCAGCAGAAGAUCACAGAUGAAGAAGAAUUAAACGAUUACAAGCUAAGGAAAAGGAAGACUUUUGAAGAUAACAUAAGAAAAAACAGGACUGUAAUUAGCAACUGGAUAAAAUACGCACAAUGGGAGGAGAGUCUGAAGGAGAUUCAAAGGGCUCGCUCCAUAUACGAGCGUGCUUUAGAUGUGGACUACCGAAAUAUUACGCUCUGGCUGAAGUAUGCAGAAAUGGAAAUGAAAAAUCGCCAGGUCAACCAUGCCCGUAAUAUCUGGGACCGGGCCAUCACGACUCUGCCCAGAGUCAACCAGUUCUGGUACAAGUACACGUACAUGGAGGAGAUGCUGGGGAACAUUGCGGGUGCUCGCCAGGUGUUUGAGCGCUGGAUGGAAUGGCAGCCCGAGGAGCAAGCCUGGCACUCCUACAUCAACUUCGAGCUGAGGUACAAAGAGGUGGAGCGGGCCCGCACCAUUUAUGAACGAUUCGUCCUCGUGCACCCUGAUGUUAAGAACUGGAUCAAAUAUGCCCGCUUUGAAGAGAAACAUGCUUAUUUUGCACACGCACGGAAAGUGUACGAGAGAGCUGUUGAGUUCUUCGGAGAUGAGCAUAUGGAUGAACACCUUUACGUUGCCUUUGCCAAAUUUGAAGAAAACCAGAAAGAAUUUGAAAGGGUACGAGUGAUCUACAAGUAUGCCCUGGAUAGAAUUUCAAAACAAGAGGCCCAAGAGCUCUUUAAGAACUACACCAUCUUUGAGAAGAAGUUUGGUGACAGGCGCGGUAUUGAAGACAUCAUCGUGAGCAAACGGAGAUUCCAGUAUGAGGAAGAAGUGAAGGCCAAUCCACACAAUUACGACGCGUGGUUUGAUUACUUGCGCUUGGUGGAGAGCGAUGCAGAAGCAGACACGGUGCGGGAAGUCUAUGAGCGAGCCAUUGCCAAUGUGCCUCCCAUUCAGGAGAAGAGGCACUGGAAGCGCUACAUCUACCUGUGGAUCAACUACGCCCUCUAUGAGGAGUUGGAGGCCAAGGAUCCUGAGAGGACAAGACAGGUGUAUCAAGCCUCUUUGGAAUUAAUUCCUCACAAGAAGUUCACAUUUGCCAAAAUGUGGUUAUAUUACGCACAGUUUGAAAUAAGACAGAAAAAUUUACCAUUUGCCAGAAGAGCUUUGGGAACAUCCAUAGGCAAAUGUCCAAAGAACAAAUUAUUCAAAGGUUACAUAGAAUUGGAGCUGCAGCUUCGAGAAUUUGACAGGUGCCGGAAGCUUUAUGAAAAGUUUCUGGAAUUUGGGCCUGAAAAUUGUACCUCGUGGAUUAAAUUUGCAGAACUAGAGACAAUCCUUGGUGAUAUUGAGAGAGCUCGGGCAAUCUAUGAAUUAGCCAUCAGUCAGCCGCGCCUGGAUAUGCCAGAGGUGCUCUGGAAGUCUUAUAUUGACUUUGAAAUCGAGCAGGAGGAAACCGAAAGAACACGAAAUCUGUACCGACAGUUGCUUCAGCGGACACAGCACGUUAAGGUGUGGAUCAGUUUUGCUCAAUUUGAGUUGUCUUCAGGGAAAGAAGGAAGUUUGACUAAAUGCCGACAGAUUUAUGAAGAGGCUAACAAAACCAUGCGAAACUGUGAAGAAAAGGAAGAGAGGCUUAUGCUGCUGGAAUCUUGGCGAAACUUUGAAGAUGAAUUUGGAACUGUAGCAGAUAAGGAGAGAGUAGACAAACUCAUGCCAGAGAAGGUCAAGAAGAGAAGAAAGGUCCAGGCAGAUGAUGGGUCCGAUGCAGGCUGGGAAGAAUACUACGAUUACAUCUUUCCAGAAGAUGCUGCCAACCAGCCCAACCUCAAGCUGCUGGCCAUGGCCAAGCUGUGGAAGAAACAGCAACAGGAAAAGGAGGCUGCUGAGCAGGACCCAGAUAAGGACACGGAUGAGAGGGACCCCUGAUCUUUUCUGCAUACUGAUAAAUGUUUUAUUAUUUUUAUAAAUUAAUAGCUUGGAACUGUUGGUGACUCCCAAAGUUUUUUUUAUAUAUAUUUUACCAGUACAGAAUUGACUGGAAUCCGACAGAUACUUUUUGAAUGAUUUUUAAAAUGCUCUUGGAUUGGAAAGGUAUUUUUUAAUGGCUCUUUUUUCUGUACACAACUGAGUCCAAACUUUUCUGAUGUUUGUCCAUGUCAUGCAUUAGGAAAUGUAAUUAACCAUCUAUUUCAGAUGGACCUGCAGACUUGUACUUUUGUGUUGGAAGUUUUUGAGUUAUUUCCUGUGCUGUUUUCUUGCGCAUGUCUCUGUAAGUUCAUCUGAGACCUAUAGCUUUCCUGGCCUCUGAGUCACAGGCUUCAGGUCCCAGCGCCACUAGUAAUUUAACUUUUAUUUUUGGUUUCCUCACUCAUAAAUGGGCAAAUACUUUGACAGCUUAUUUUGAAGGUUACCAUAGAAAAGGAAUAUACCUGGCACAUAGUAAGUGCUCAAUAAAAUGUUGUGAGCCACUUUCUUUGUAGAAUUGAAUGUACUUGAAUUAACUUCUGGCUACCACUGCCUUCUUACUAGUGGCCAGAGGUAUAGGGCUUUUUUGGAAGCUUGGAAGCUAAGUUCUCCUAGCAGGCUGUAGUAUCUUCUGACACAUUAAACUCCUUGGGUUUGAGCAAGCAUAAAAACCCUUUAAGAUAACUACUUGCUAAAUAAUGAAACUUAAAUAGCACAAGACUGAUAAUAUAUCUGGUGAUAUGUCACUCACAUUCUUAAGCAAAAAACAUACGCUUAGGUGGGCUGAAGAAGUUUCAUUUAACCUGGACCACAUUUCUCAAGCAUUUUGUUCUGUUCACUGUGGCUCCAGUGCUGUAGUCACUGGACAGUGUCAGCCUCUGAGGUGUGUGUGGCUUCUGGCUCUUGCUUGCUGAGGUCUGUCUUGUCAGUAAAAAGGAAAAUAGAUUACAGUCUCUGUUGGCUAAGUCUGCAGAGAGAGCAGAGUAUGGACGUGUAAUCAGUAGCUGUUUUGUAUACACAAGACAGAAAUUGAUGACCAUGUUUGCAUAAUAGGCAGUGCCAGUAUGAAAUGCUUGGAGGAAGAAGUUACUCUUUCAUGGAAGAAUACUUCUCAUCUACCCUAUAAGUCCUUUCAAAAGUAAAAGGUUUUUAGUAACUACUACUUUUGUAUUUCUUUAGUUGCUUCUCUAGUAAUUCAUUAUUUAUAGGUGAGAAAAUUUUGUGUGAAAAAUGCAUGGUUGGCCGUUGAUCAAGUUUCUUUAGGAAUUGGGUUCUUUUUCCUCUUACAUAGUAAGUUCUUCCCAGUUACCAAAUAUAUAAAAUGUGUAAUAAGGAAGCUUAAGUAUGCUGAGCAGGGAUUAUUUCAAGGAUGCAUCGGAAACACAUUUCAUAGAGUGGCAUUUGGUGCAGUCAGACACUACUUAAGGGGGCCUGCACUCUCGAUUCCACUUUCUGCCACUGCAGAGGCUGGGAGGCGGCAAGUGACGGCUCAGGUGGUUGGGUGCAGACCUUGGGUUGAAUUCCUGGCCCCUGACUUCAGCCUGGCACAGCCCCAAUUUUGCAUGUCCCUUUCAAGAAGUUUACCACAGUGCAGACAAAAACAACCAGAUUUGUUAAAGGUCACCAUUUAGCAUGUGUUAAGUUUUAUAAAUGGCCAAAAAACUUCCAGAAAACAUCCAUAGAACCAACAAUGUAUUUUAUUAUACACCUUAGAUUUAUACAUUUCAUAUAUGCUUUUAAAGCUUCAAUUAACAAUUCAGUACAAAAUAAAAAAAUUUAUAUGUGCAGCAGUGGUUCUCAGGCACUGAAUUGGGGAGAUUGGAGCAAGUCUUUCCCUAGCACACAGUGAACAUGAGUGGAAUGCUUCCUCGACCUAGCUGCCUUUCUGAUUGGAUCUCAGUACAGUCAACAGCUUUAAUAGGUAUGAUAUUGCUAACUGGAAACAAUGCUAUUGAAAGUAUAACUUGCAGUUUCUUCACGCCUUUAAGACCUCAAUGAUUACUUUUCUCCACUAGAGCUCCAAGAUCAUCCGAUGAAAACAUUGUCCAUAACCACCUGGAGCAGCUGCCUAAGAACCACUGCCCAGGGCUAUUCAAUGUCCUCCGGCCUCACCGGAUGAGGUAAUGGGAUGAUGGAUUUCUUCUCCGUGUCCCUGGAAAGUGCUUUCCUCAUAUCUGUCAGGAAGCAAAGAUUAAUGUAAGCAGCCAGAUUCUAAAUUCAAAGUGUAGAGCUAGAAUUCUUAGACAGUCUUGUCUCCUGUCCCCUACUUUCUGAAAGAUAAUUGAGACUCCCAAUUGCAAGUAAAUCAGAUGCCAACAAACGCCCAGUAUUGGGCUCAGCAUACAAAUGUUCUAAACACCAUGCCUGUAACACAGUAAGACAACAAUCGACAGAAAUUAACCACUGAUCAGUUAAUAAAACUGCCAUUAGGUUCACAAAGGUUGGUUAGCUAUUAAGAUCAAAUAUUCUUUGAACUGUUCAAUUACUUCAGUAAGUUUAAAUCUGCUGAAUGAAUGUAGUGUUUCCACCAUAGAAGAGAACCUAGGCAGGCGCCGCCACACUGGGUUCUAUCCCGGUCGGGGCGCCGGAUUCUGUCCCGGUUGCCCCUCUUUCAGGCCAGCUCUCUGCUGUGGCCCAGGAGUGCAGUGGAGGAUGGCCGAAGUGCUUGGGCCCUGCACCCCAGGGGAGACCAGAAGAGGCACCUGGCUCCUGCCUUCGGAUCAGCACAGUGCACUGGCUGUGGCGGCCAUUGGAGGAUGAACUAACGGCAAAAGGAAGACCUUUCUGUCUCUCUCUCACUGUCCACUCUGCCUGUCAAAAAAAAAAAAAAAAGAA